AUUUCAUUUCAUUCAAAAACGUUCUUUUGCGUUGUCAAGAUGGCGGAUCAAACAGAGAAAGCUUUCCAAAAACAAGCCUCGAUCUUCGUUAAUCGUAAGAAUGCCGGCAAAAAAGCGUUGAGACACCAUAGGAGUGUUGGUCUAGGUUUUAAAACACCAAGAGAGGCCAUUGAAGGAUCUUACAUUGACAAAAAAUGCCCAUUCACUGGAAAUGUAAGCAUUCGUGGUCGUAUCCUGACUGGUGUUGUACAAAAAAUGAAAAUGCAACGCACCAUUGUAAUCAGAAGAGAUUACUUGCAUUACAUUAGGAAGUACAAUCGUUUUGAAAAGAGACAUCGUAAUAUGUCUGUGCAUCUUUCACCUUGCUUCAGGGAUGUUGAAAUUGGAGAUGUUGUCACAAUUGGAGAAUGUAGACCUCUGUCAAAAACCGUCAGAUUUAAUGUAUUGAAAGUGACAAAAGGACAAGGCUCUAAGAAGAGUUUCAGAAAGUUCUAAGAUGAUUUUUUGUUUGUAAUAAUAAAAAAGAUUUAAAAAAAGAUAA